UUUAUGAGCCAGAAAGCAGAAGUUGUUGCAAAGUUUUUUGAGUAGAAGCCCGUGAGUGUGAGCGAUGGCCGGGGGCUCUGUGUCUGAGUGCAAGGAGUACUUGUUCAAAGUGCUGGUGAUCGGGGAGCUGGGUGUGGGCAAGACCAGCAUCAUCAAGCGCUACGUGCACCAGCUCUUCUCCCAGCACUACCGAGCCACCAUCGGGGUCGACUUCGCGCUGAAAGUCAUCAACUGGGACAGCAGGACCCUGGUCCGGCUCCAGCUGUGGGACAUCGCAGGCCAGGAGCGGUUUGGGAACAUGACGCGGGUGUACUACAAAGAGGCCGUGGGGGCUUUCGUGGUGUUUGAUGUGACGAGAGGCUCCACGUUCGAGGCUGUGUCCAAGUGGAAGCACGAUCUGGACAGCAAGGUGAAACUGGCCAAUGGCAACCCCAUCCCGUCGGUGCUGCUCGCCAACAAGUGUGACCAGAAGAAAGAGAGCUCCAACAACACAUCCCUAAUGGACAAUUUCUGCAAAGAGACCGGCUUCCUGGGCUGGUUUGAAACCUCUGCCAAGGACAACAUCAAUGUGGACGAGGCGGCGCGUUUCCUGGUAGAAAGUAUCCUGGCUAACGACAACGGUUUGCCCCACGAGGAGAGCAACGGAGACCGGAUCAGACUAGGCCAGGAGACUGUGGCUGCAGAGAGCAAGUCGGGCUGCUGCUAACGCUCAAUCAUCCACAUCAGCCCUCCGCCUUCCUGAGGCAGGGUCCAGCGAGUUCACCCAGCCUGUGGCUCCAGCCCUCGGAGAGGAAUAUGAAUAUGUUUUUUGGGGUCUUUGAAGCUCCAGGAACUUGUCUGCGCACUGAUGCCCUUGACCUGCACAUCCAAGUUUCACACAGCCCAGUUUUAUUUUGAUGUUGCCUCUGAUGUUUCCACUGCGUCUGUGCCGUGUCUGGAUCUUUAUGGCUGCCUGUGUCUCAUCGGGAACUCUAACUACGCACCCCUCCAACACCUUCAGCGCCUCCAAGGAGCCACAAACUCUUCUACCUUCUUUAUUUUACUGGUAAUCUGAUCAUUUCUGGACUGCAUCACAUCUGAGAAAGCAUGAAACACAUGCUUGAAAGCAACCAUUUGAAUGGUAUCGUUGUUCAGCAUCACACAACUAUGUGACGGAGGAACAAACGGGCAUCGUAGCAAGGAAUUAUCGGAGUGUUUUAUCAUCCUGAAUUGCUGUUGUAAUUUGUUGUAUUUAUACAGUAUUUUUCUUCCAGUUCUCUUUCAUUUUUCUGAAUGAAACUUGCUAUCCUGUUAUUUUUAUAGGGGGCUGGGUGACGAGUUAUGUGUCAACACAAAUAUUCAGAUAGACUGUAUAGUGGUUUGCUUAAAAAGAAACAACUCUAAUGACGGUAGUUUAUGUAGUAUUGUAAAGCCUUUGUGUGAUGGCCUUGUCAUUGACAUGAGAUCGAUCUGAUUCACAGGUCCAUAUUUGGAUUUUGCAUCAUAUUACUGUACAGAACUGUAAAAGUACUCCGAUAAAAACAUGCUAAGGAUUUUUCAAAACAUUCUUAAAAAAUGUUUACAUGUGAAAAUACUUUAAGGCCAAAAUAGAAUAAACACUUUUAAUUGA